AUGACCAGAGAUAUCAAGAAUCACUAUCUGUUUGAAGUUGCAACUGAGGUUGCCAAUAGGGUUGGUGGUAUUUAUUCUGUCUUGAAGUCCAAGGCUCCAGUGACAGUUGCAGAAUAUAAAGAUAGAUACAUGCUUAUCGGGCCAUUGUCCUAUAAGAGCGCCUCUGUGGAAGUUGAAGAAUUACCCGUGACCAAUAAAGCUUUGAAGAAUACUUUAGAUUCCAUGGAGAGUAGAGGAAUUAGGUAUUUAUAUGGAAGGUGGUUGAUUGAAGGUGCACCUAGGGUUAUUCUAUUUGAUAUUGGUUCUGCUGCACACCAUCUGAAUGAAUGGAAAACAGACUUGUGGAACAUUGCUGCAAUUCCAACUCCUGAGUCCGACAUUGAAACUAAUGAUGCUGUUCUAUUGGGUUAUCUUACUGCUUGGUUUAUUGGCGAAUUCAGCGUCCAACAAACCGAAAAGGCAAUCAUCUUACAUGCUCAUGAAUGGUUGGCCGGUGUUGCAUUAACUCUUUGUAGACAAAGAAAAAUUGAUUGUUCAACUAUCUUCACAACUCAUGCCACCCUACUAGGUAGAUAUUUAUGUGCGGGUUCUGUGGAUUUCUACAAUAAUCUAGAUAAAUUUGAUGUGGAUCACGAAGCUGGUAAAAGAGGUAUUUACCAUAGAUAUUGUAUUGAGAGAUCUGCAGCACAUGCUGCCGAUGUCUUUACUACAGUCUCUCAUAUUACUGCUUAUGAAAGUGAACAUUUAUUGAAGAGGAAGCCUGAUGGGGUUUUACCAAACGGUUUAAACGUUGUAAAGUUUCAAGCUGUCCAUGAAUUUCAGAACUUACAUGCCGAAAAGAAGGAAAAAAUUAACGAAUUUAUUAGGGGCCAUUUCUACGGUCAGUUGGAUUUCAAUCUCGACAACACCCUUUAUUUUUUCAUUGCCGGUAGAUAUGAAUAUAGAAACAAGGGUUGUGACUUUUUUAUUGAGGCUCUAGCUAGAUUGAAUCACAAAUUGAAGGCAGUGAACUCGAAUAUGACCAUAGUAGCCUUCAUUAUUAUGCCUGGCAAAACAAAUUCCUACACAGUUGAGACGUUGAAAGGCCAAGCAGUUAUUAGGCAACUUGAAAAUACCGUCAAGGAUAUCCAAGAUGCAAUGAGUAAGAGAUUGCUUAAUUGGUGCCAAGAUCCCCACCAUUUCAAUGAUUCGAGUAAGACGGAGUUGCCUGAAUUGGAUGAUAUUCUUAAAUCUAGCGACAGAGUUUUAUUGAAGAGAAGAAUGAUUGCCAUGAAGAGAGACACAUUGCCAGCAAUUGUAACCCAUAACAUGGUUGACGAUGCAAAUGAUCCGAUAUUGAACCAGAUUCGGUCGUGUCAACUAUUCAAUAGGAAAGAGGAUAGAGUUAAAAUGAUCUUCCACCCGGAAUUUUUGAAUUCUUCAAAUCCAAUCUUACCUAUUGAUUAUGACGAAUUUGUCAGAGGUUGUCAUUUGGGAGUUUUCCCAUCUUAUUACGAACCUUGGGGAUACACGCCUGCCGAGUGUACAGUUAUGGGUAUUCCGUCCAUUACAACCAAUUUAUCAGGGUUUGGUUGCUACAUGGAAGAUCUAAUUGAAAAUUCCCAGGAUUAUGGAAUUUACAUUGUUGACAGAAGAAUGAAAUCUGUUGAUGAAUCUAUCAACCAGUUGACUGACCAGAUGUUUGAGUUUACCCUAAAGACUAGAAGACAAAGAAUCAACCAGAGAAACAGGGUUGAAAGGUUGAGUGACUUAUUGGAUUGGAAGAGAAUGGGCUUGGAAUAUGUCAAGGCCAGAAUGUUGUCCCUGAGAAGAGCGUAUCCUGAAAGUUACAACCAGAACAUCAAUCCCUUUGACAGCGACGAGAAGGUCAAGUUGACCAGACCGUUAUCUGUUCCAGGCUCUCCAAGGGACAACAAGUACGGUGCAAUGACUCCUGGUGAUUUGGGUACGUUACAGGAGAACAACGAUACCGACUAUUUCACCUGGUCUUUGAAGGAUGAGGAGGAAGAUGUCACUCUACGCGGUGCCUCGGUUGCACCCAGCGACCACGAGGAGUCUGACCAUUAG